UUUUCCCUUUCUCUUUUCGAAAUUCGUCGGAAAAUUCCGAUGUCGAUCCCCGGAGAUUCUCCGGCCACCGCCACGAGCGGCGUUAGCGAGAUCAUGCUGUUCGGUGUGAGAGUGAAGGUCGAUCCGAUGAGGAAGAGCGUGAGUAUGAAUAACCUCUCCGAAUACGAGCAGGUUAGUAACGCAAGCAAGCCGGAGAAGGCGAAGGAGCGCGGCGGAGCUGCCGGAUACGCCUCCGCGGAUGACGCAGCGCCUCAGGCGGCCGGAGGUAGCGGCGAUCGUAAGCGAGGAACUCCAUGGACAGAGGAAGAGCACAAGCGGUUCCUCGUUGGAUUGCAGAAGGUUGGGAAAGGAGAUUGGAGAGGAAUAUCUAAGAAUUAUGUGAAGACUCGUACACCGACUCAGGUUGCUAGUCACGCUCAGAAGUACUUCAUCCGCCGGAACAACCUCAAUUGCCGGCGCCGGCGCACCAGCCUCUUCGACAUCACCACUGACUCGGUUGCUGCAAUGCCAAUGAAAGAGGCCAGAAACCGGCAACAGAUCCCGGCUCAGCCCGUUGCACGGCCACCCUCUGUGCCUCGGCCAUUGACAGCCAAUGCCAAUCUAUUCUCAACCAUGAAUGGUCCUGUUCUAUUACCAAUGCAAGGUGAAAAUUUCUUAGCAAACAACUCACCAGCCAUGUUUGUUCAUCGUUGCUCUCUGCCUCUGACCUCAGCCAUGGCUGAGCUAAGCUUAAACCAGCAAGUUCCUCCCGGGCCAUCUCAAUUGUCACUGCGGUUGUCCCUGUCCACGGGUUCCUCGUUCCCGGUGACACCAAGCUACAAAAAGGGAGAUGGCAUUGUUAGUGUUGCAUGAGGAGGAAUAGUUUUGGAAGAGAAUAAGGACUAUGGAGGAAUAGGGCACAUCAUAGGUAUAAACAUUCUUAAGAUAAAUAGAGAAACAUUGAUUAAGACAUAGAUUGCUCAACACUAGCUUUGGACUAUUAAUCCUUCUAAGUUCUAUCUAUGCAUUGUACAGGCUGGAAAUAUAUUUUAUGUCUUGUACCUGCCCAUUUUGUGCUACUGAUAUUUACAGGAAGGUUUUUGCUUUGCU